UGUUCACACUUCACGCAGUGUCGCGCAUAGAGUUCAGUAGGUAGGUACCACAACGACAACGAUAGUCAGUAAAGUUUUUACAGCUGUAGGAAAUCGCACCCUCUGCAAUAGUAACUGACGAUAGUUCAUUUCAGUGUAUAAAAUUUUUAAGCUAGUGGUCUGUCGAAGUGAUUUUUAACGAACAAAAACAACACAAUCAGAAGUCAUUGGGUGUAAAUUUUUUGUGACGUAAUUGAACUUUUGAUUUUCGAAUAACUGUUCGUGUACCGCUAACAAAGGUCACGGCGGCCAAUGGUUGCCAAUUUCCCAUCUUCGCGUGAUUGAAACAAGCGAAGAUGUGGGAAGUGGAAUCUGAUAUUGGAUCCCAAAGCGUCUCCUCCGAUGGAUUGCGACGCAGGCAAGGAUGGGAUCCCGAUGCGGAGAGCCUUGCCUCUCAAAUGGACGAGCUCGACGAAGUCCUCGCAGAAGAAGAAGAAGGAUGUCCGCUGCCUUCAACACCGGAGGAUCAACAUCUGUUGGAUGCCGAAAUGGCUGAAGUUUUGAAAGCUGGCGUGUUAUCCGAUGAGAUUGAUUUGGGAGCACUGGCCCAUAACGCCGCCGAACAGGCCGAGGAAUUCGUUCGCAAAGUAUGGGAGGCGUCGUGGAACGUGUGCCAUUUCAGACAUUUGCCACGUUGGCUGCAAGACAACGAUUAUUUACACAAAGGACAUAGACCGCCUCUGCCUUCGUUUAGCGCAUGUUUUGCAUCAAUUUUCCGAAUCCACACUGAGACAGGUAACAUUUGGACGCAUCUCCUUGGCUGCGUGGCAUUCAUUGGCGUCGCGAUCUACUUUCUGUCUCGUCCAUCUAUCGAAAUUCAAAUGCAAGAGAAAGUUAUAUUCGGUGUUUUUUUUGUCGGCGCUAUCGUAUGCCUCGGUUUUUCUUUUGCCUAUCACACACUGUACUGCCACUCUGAGAUGGUCGGAAAGCUGUUCUCAAAGCUGGAUUAUUGUGGAAUAGCAUUGCUCAUCAUGGGCUCCUUUGUUCCAUGGUUGUACUACAGUUUCUACUGCCACUACAGACCGAAGAUCAUAUACCUAUCUGUAGUAGUUGUUUUAGGAAUUUUGUCAAUAAUAGUGUCUUUGUGGGAUAGAUUCUCAGAACCUCGACUAAGACCUCUCAGAGCAGGAGUUUUUAUGGGCUUUGGUUUAUCUGGUAUAGUCCCAGCAAUUCACUAUGGGAUUACCGAAGGCUGGUUCAGUCAAGUUAGCAAAGCAUCAUUGGGCUGGUUAGUUUUGAUGGGAUUACUCUAUAUCUUAGGUGCCAUGUUCUAUGCCUUAAGAGUGCCAGAACGUUGGUUCCCUGGCAAAUGUGAUAUUUGGUUUCAGUCCCAUCAAAUAUUCCAUGUUCUUGUGAUUGUAGCUGCUUUUGUACAUUACCACGGUAUAAGCGAAUUGGCAUCUUACAGAGUCACAGUAGGAGAGUGCUCCAUGCCACCAACAUCAAUGGCAUUUUAGUACAAGUUAGACCAAAAUGUGAUAGUAGACCAUAUAAAUUACCAUAUUAACAAAUAACAGAAACAUCUGUUAGUUGCACUGUACAUAAUUAUAGAGUGUCAUUAAAUGAAAGUUACUGGUAUUUGUACAUUUUUAUUGAGAAAAAAAAAAUCCAAUAGUCAAUCUGACAUUUUUUUUAAAUCUGUUAAGAUUUUGAUACAUGUACUGAAAUUACAAAACAGUUCACAAAUUGGAAUCUAGAUUGAUGGUAAUAAUAAAUUCUGUUAAAAAUGAGUUGUUUAUUUAAUUUUAUUUUAAUUGUGUUGAAUAAUCUUGUUGCACUGAAAUGUUGUUAUUGUAGAUUAAAGAUCACAGAAAACAUUGUAUACAGUUUAAGAAGUUUUUGGUGUUCAUUGUUUAUUGAAAUAAUUGUACUUAACUUUGAUUUGCUUACUUAAUUCCUUGCUUUUUUUGCACUUAAAUAAUUAAAAAAUAUCAUUGUAGGUCAGACCAUAAGUAAAAUCCAAUUAUGCCGUUUUAUAAAAUAAAAAUGCUUUGAUUAAUAAUAAUAAACCUUUUUUAAUUUAUUACUAACACAUACACAAAAAAAUUAUUAAUUUUUAAAUGUUUAUUUCAUAUUUCAA